CGGCGCUGCGCAGGAGCCGCUGCCGCUCGCUCCAUAUAAAUGCAGCUCUGCCGCGGAGGCGCGCACCUGUGCGUCAAAGCACCGGAGUGUCGACCUGAAACGUGAAGGCAGAGAUGCAGAGCUGGAGGCUGCAGAGGCGGAGCCCAUCCAGACGCCGCUGACGCUUCCCUGCAGGUCAACAUGUCGUACCGAGGGCCUCUGACCGCCGUCAUAACCACCAUUCUCGGGGCGGCCAUUGGGGGGCUGCUCAUGUGGCGAGCAUACGGCACCAAGAGGAAGAAGCUGCCUCCCGACCAGGAGGUGGCCGAUCCUGCUGAGGGCCCCCACCCCGAUGAGGAGGGGCUCUUAGAUGUCCAUCUGCCCUCCACAGAGAAGGAUGGGAGGGCCGUGGAUGCUCAGCCCUCUGAAGCGCCCCCUGCUGCCCAGAUGCCGCCGUGCGAGCAGCUGAAGCCGGUGCUGGUGAGCAGUGAGGAGGAAUGGCGGCAGCUGUGGCCCCGGGUGCAGGAGGAGCUGUCCGUCCUCCCCGUGCUGGGGCUGGACUGUGAAUGGGUGUCGGUAAAGGGGCGGGCCUCGGAGGUGUCGCUGCUGCAGAUGUCCACGUACUCCGGUCUUUGCGCUCUGGUGCGGCUGCUGGUGUUCCGGAACGGACAGCGGGCGUUCCCGCUCAGCUUCGUGGAGCUCCUGAAAGACCCGAAGGUCCUGAAGGUCGGCGUGGGGUGCUACGAGGACGGGAAGCGGCUGACGCGCGACCACGGCCUGGUGCUGUCCUGCACGGUCGACCUGCGCUACCUGGCAAUGAGGCAGAGGAGAACGGCUGCGGACAACGGCCUGAGCCUGAAGUCGCUGGCUGCAGAUCUGCUGAACUUCUCUCUGGAUAAAUCUCCGGAGCUGCGCUGCAGCGACUGGGAGGCGGAUCAGCUGACGCUCAAUCAGGUGACCUACGCUGCCAGAGACGCUCAGGUCGCCGUGGCGCUCUUCCUCCACCUCCUCGGCCUCCGGCCUGGUCCCGCCCCCUUCUCAGAGCUGGCGUCCCGCUGCCAGGGUCUGCUGGACGUCCCGUUCCGAGCCAGAGGAGACGGGGAGGACGGCGCUGGGGGGGGGGAGAAGAGAAGGAGGACCAAGAAGCCGACGGUUUACGAGAGUCCAGAGUCUGGAGAUCAGCGAGUCCCAGACCCUCGGAGGAACCGGAGGAAACCGCUGGGCGCCGACUACUCGGCCAGGAAGUCUCCUCUGUACGACAACUGCUUCCUGUACGCCCCUGACGGGCAGCCGCUGUGCACCUGCGACAAGAAGAAGGCCCGGUGGUACCUGAACAAAGGAAUCGGGGUCCUUCAGAGUGAGGAUCCCUUCAUCGUGAGGCUGCUGUUCGAGCCGUCGGGCCGUCCGGAGUCGCAGCACGACUACUACCUGACCGAAAAGGAGAACCUCUGCGUCGUCUGCGGAAAGGCCGACUCCUACAUCAGGAAGAACAUCGUUCCGCACGAGUACCGGCGGCACUUCCCCACCGAGCUGAAGGACCACAACUCCCACGACAUCCUGCUGCUCUGCACCAGCUGCCACGCCGCCUCCAACGUGCACGACGGCGUCCUGAAGCAGAUGCUGGCCGAGGAGUUCUCUGCCCCCCAGGGCUGCGAGGAGGGCGUCCGCGUGUUUGAGGACUCGGACCGGCGGCGCGUGCGCUCGGCGGCUCGCGCUCUGCUAAGCAGCGGAGACGGACUGCCGGAGCAGCGGAAGGAGGAGCUACAGCUGCUGAUCAGGAAGUUCCUGAACAUGGAGGAGGAGGGGGAGGAGCUGACGGAGGAGGCGCUGCAGGAGGCCGCCGGUCUGGAAACCAGGAUCCUGAACGAGGCCUACGUUCCUCACGGCCUGAAGGUGGUGCGCGCCCACGCCCAGCGGGGCCUCCGGGGCCUGAUGGAGCUGGAGCGCCGCUGGAGGCAGCACUUCCUGAGCAGCAUGCAGCCCCGCCACCUGCCCCCCCUGUGGUCCGUGGACCACAACCAUAGCAAGUUCCUCCGCAGAUACGGGGCGGAGCUCCCCAUAAAUCUGAACUGAGCGGAUCCCCGCCCCCCCCAACAGAAGAUUAUUUAUAAGAAGUUCUGAGUUGAAAGAACUGCUUUGGUUUUAACCUGAGGCUCCUUUAGGGAUGGAGUGCUGCCCCCUGCAGGCGGCGGCUGCUCCUGCAGCGUCUGAGCGAGUCCGCUCUGUUUUAGGUCGACGGGUGUGAGGAUGUGCCCCCCACCCCUACAUGGUUCUCCAUGCUUGAAAAGGGGCGGGGCUACUCUCCAUCCACCUUCAGCGCAGAGCCGGACGCAGGCGGCGGCCGGUCGGCGUCUUUUUCUUCUUCUCAUCUGUUUCGCUGCCGUCUCUCCUGACGGGUGGGGACCCCCCCAUGGCUCAUGUUUUAAUGCGCCUCUUAACCCCCACACCUGAGCGGAGACGCGCAUCGAGACCCAAACUGCCCCAACACGACGUCAUUUCCCAGAAUUCAAAGCGAACCGUCAGACAGCAGCCGCUGGACGCCGACCCGAAGACGCCGUUUGUUUCCGCUUCAGACUGAAAAAAACCAACAAAAGUGUCGAUUAUGAAAAAGUUUAAAUAAAAAUAAAGUUUCCUUCAACCGUAAAUGAAUUUUACGUUGAAACAUCGAA